UAUAAAUUAUGAAUAAUGAUAAUGAUAAUCCAGAUUAAUAGUAAUUUGGAUUAUGGAAUAGAACAGCAAUGGAAAAGAGAACAACACCAUUAGAUUAAGUAAAAACGAUGGCAAAUGAGAAAAUUCAAGAGAUAAUGAACAAUGUAUUUAUUAUACUAUUGGAAGGAAGUUGUAAUAAAAGUAGGAAAAGAAUUAGAGAACCUAAAGUAAGAAUUGAAGGAGGGUUAUGACAAAUUAGAUUAGAAAGCAUAAGGUGUGUUGCAUGAAUAAAAAGCAAAAAUGAAUUUAUGGAUCAAAUAAAAAAUAGAGUUAGCAAUAAUCCGAGUAUUAGAAAAAACAAAGCCUAUUUUAUUAGAUAGUAUAUUAGAUCCUUAUAUGGUAAAUUUAUAGAGAAAUAUAUAUAUAGUGUGAUUUUUUGGCCAAGCUUAUUGAAGAUGUGUUUGAAGAGGUGUGGCCUGAUAUAAGAGAGGAAAUUUUAUUAUAAAUAAGAGUAAAAUAUGCAGAUCCGUAUGAAUUAGUAGAAUUUCCUAAACCAAAAUUAUGCUGUAUUGAAUACCCUUGGUUUUGGUUGAAAGUUUGGUAUUUAUAUGUAAGUUAACCAUUUGAUAAAUCAAAAUUUGAAUAAUUCAAUUGGUAUUCAUGGUGGUUGAUAUUCAUAGUAGAAUUGAUACCAUUUUAUGGGGUAUGAAAUUAUAUUAUAGAAUUUAGAUAUAAGCAUUUAUAUAUGUUUUUGUGUUUUUAUUUAUUGAUAAAGAGGAUGAAUAUUAAUUGAUUAGAUUUAUAUUAGGAUUUAAAAGUAUGCAAUUUAUAUCUAUAGGAUGUAAGAUAUAUAUUAAAUGUAGUGAUAGGAACUAUGGUUGGAUACUUUACAUUUUAUUCUUGUGCAGUAGUUUCAAGUGUAGAUGAAAGUUAUUAAGAUUGUAAAGAAGAAGGACCAGCAAUAUUUUUAAAUUUUUGGUCUGAUAUUGCAGGAUUUCUAUUAUAGUUAUUUUUGGUUUGGUUAUCAAUUAUCUUAUUGAAAUAUUCUAAAAUAAAAGGAUAGAUAAGAUUUAAACAUGUUGCAGAUUAGUAAAGGAUUAAAAAAAUAUCUUAUUAAGCUUGUUGUUUAUGUUGUACAUUGAAUGAUAGAGGUGGAAGAUUAUAUUUUUUUAUGUUUUAUGAUUUAGUAUGUUUUUUAGGAUGUGUAGGAUUAUUUCUUGGUUUAUCAGUAUCUGAUGGAGAGAAAUAAUUAUGGCAAUAUAAAUCAACUAUGUAUUUAGCUAAAACUAUUUAUGGUUUGUUAAGUUUUCCUUUUUUAAUAUUUCGUAUUCCUGGACUAACCUGGUUAUUAACUCAUUCUCAUGGUACAGGAUAUGAUUCCAAUGGAAAUUGUGUUCCUUUGGUAUCAAAUCUACAAUAAUAUCAUCUAAGAAACAAAUAAUAGAAAAAACCAUUUGAUCCUAAAUAUAUUAUUUAAAAAGAUGAUUUUGAUGUUAUGGAAGGAGUAGAAUUAAUGGAUGAAUUGGUUAAUUGA